AUGGACUCCUAUGGGCUCACAGACUAUACUCAAAGACUCCAGAACUUAGACAUUGGCAAAGCACAACACAGAGACAGAAAAGCUGAAUUCUGGAGAGAAACCAAGGGGAACGGCAUCGGGAUUAGGAUCGGGAUCGGGAUUGGCAUCGGGACCGGGAUAGGGAUUGGGAUCAGGAUCAGGAUCGGGAUCGGGAUUGGCAUCGGGACCGGGAUAGGGAUUAGGAUCAGGAUCGGGAUCGGGAUCGGGAUUGGCAUCGGGACCGGGAUCGGGACCGGACUCACCGCACCCUCCUCACUCGGGAUUGGCAUCGGGACCGGGAUAGGGAUUGGGAUCAGGAUCAGGAUCGGGAUCGGGAUUGGCAUCGGGACCGGGAUAGGGAUUGGGAUCAGGAUCAGGAUCGGGAUCGGGAUUGGCAUCGGGACCGGGAUAGGGAUUGGGAUCAGGAUCAGGAUCGGGAUCGGGAUUGGCAUCGGGACCGGGAUAGGGAUUGGGAUCAGGAUCAGGAUCGGGAUCGGGAUUGGCAUCGGGACCGGGAUAGGGAUUGGGAUCAGGAUCAGGAUCGGGAUCGGGAUUGGCAUCGGGACCGGGAUAGGGAUUGGGAUCAGGAUCAGGAUCGGGAUCGGGAUUGGCAUCGGGACCGGGAUAGGGAUUGGGAUCAGGAUCAGGAUCGGGAUCGGGAUUGGCAUCGGGACCGGGAUAGGGAUUGGGAUCAGGAUCAGGAUCGGGAUCGGGAUUGGCAUCGGGACCGGGAUAGGGAUUGGGAUCAGGAUCAGGAUCGGGAUCGGGAUUGGCAUCGGGACCGGGAUAGGGAUUGGGAUCAGGAUCAGGAUCGGGAUCGGGAUUGGCAUCGGGACCGGGAUAGGGAUUAGGAUCAGGAUCGGGAUCGGGAUCGGGAUUGGCAUCGGGACCGGGAUCGGGACCGGACUCACCCUCCGUGCUCCCUGCAGGGCUGGGCUGGAGCUGGCUCUGGUGCCAGGGUGCCAGGGAAUUCUGUCUUGCAGAUCCAACCCCUACCAAGCCAGCCUGCUCCAGGACAGCGUGAGGAGGUACCUGCAGCUGCCAGCAGACCAGACAGUGCUGAUCCUGCACGCCAAAGUCGCUCAGAAAUCCUACGGCAAUGAGAAAAGGUUUUUCUGCCCCCCACCUUGUGUUUACCUGAGCGGGCCAGGAUGGAAGUUAAAGCAGGAGCAGAUAAAAGCCAGGGGCCUGGGAGAGGCUGGAUUUCGGGUGUGCGGGUACAUGGGGCUGGACAGCAUGGGCAGCAGCCUGAUGGAGACCCAGAAGCUCAGCUUUGAGGAGCAGCCAGAUGCAAAGGGGUUCAGCUGUGCCAAGGCCCUGUACAUCUCAGACACGGACAAGCGCAAGCAUUUCCGCCUGGUCCUGAAGCUCUUCUUCAGCAACGGGCAGGAGAUUGGCACCUUCCACAGCAAACUCAUCAAGGUCAUCUCCAAGCCCUCGCAGAAGAAGCAGUCGCUGAAGAACACAGACCUCUGCAUCUCCUCAGGCUCCAAAGUGUCCCUGUUCAACCGCCUGCGCUCCCAGACCGUCAGCACCCGGUACCUGUCUGUGGAGGGGGGAGCCUUCAUCGCCAGCGCCAGGCAGUGGGCAGCCUUCACCCUCCACCUGGCCGACGAGCGCUGCCCGCGCAGCGAGUUCCCCCUGCGGGAGGGGUACAUCCGCUACGGCUCCGUGGUGCGGCUGGUGUGCACGGCCAGCGGCGUCACCCUGCCGCCCCUGAUCAUCCGCAAGGUGAUGAAGCAGUAUGCCAUGCUGGACGUGGAUGAGCCCAUCUCCCAGCUCCACAAGUGUGCCUUCCAGUUCCAAGGCAGUGACCGCAUGUACCUGUGUCUCUCCACAGACAAAGUGAUCCAGUUCCAGGCGUCUCCCUGCCCGAAGGAAGCCAACCGGGAGCUGCUGAACGACGGCUCGUGCUGGACCAUCAUCAGCACGGAGACGGUGGAGUACACCUUCAGCGAGAGCCUGGCGUGCGUGCGAGAGCCCGUCAGCCCCGUGCCGCUCAUCGCAGCCCUGCAGCUCACAGGUGGUGGGGACGUGGCCAUGCUGGAGGUGCAGGGGGAGUAUUUCCAUGCACACCUCAAGGUCUGGUUCGGAGAUGUGGAAGCAGAGACGAUGUACAGGAGCCCCAAGUCCCUCCUGUGUGUGGUCCCUGAUGUCUCUGCCUUCGGCAGUGACUGGGGGUGGCUGCGAUAUCCCAUCACGGUCCCACUCCUGCUGAUCAGGGACGAUGGCCUCAUCUACUCCAGCUCCUUCACAUUUACCUACACCCCGGAGCAGAGCUGCAUCCCAGGGCAGCAGGUCCUCUCAGAUGUUCCCCAGGACUCAGACAAAUUACUCGACAGCAUCCACCAGGAGUUCACCAGGACCAACUUCCACCUCUUCAUGCAGACCUAGCGGGCUGGGCGGGCAGAGGCUUGGCCUCACUGCUGGCCUAAGGAAGGGGAGCAGCCCUGAGCCAUGCUGGGGGCUCAUCCAGGGCUUGGGGUGACCCUGCCAAAAGGUCCUUCCCACUCAUCAAACACCCACCAUGCUCCUGUGAUUUACUGAUCCAUCUCUUUCUCACAGCAGCAUCUUACACUGCUGAGAUCUCACAUGAGAGCAUCAAUAAAUCAG